AUGGCGACUGCAGCAUCUUCACCCCUAGCCAGCUCGAGAGAGAAGAUAAAUGGAAGCAAGCUGAGCAGGCUUCUCAUCGAUGGUGGAACAACAGUGCUGAGGAAGACUUUCGAUCGCUAUCACCCACCUGCCAACUUGGCUUCUGAUCUCAAUACCAAUUACUCAAUUCUUAACAACCUUUUUCGUAAAAGAGUACUAAAUAAGCAUCAGUGGGACGAACUCUUCCCCUCUGGUGGAGGGGUACCAGACUCUAACAGGUUUGACAUCACUCUUCUGUUCCUGCUGCUAACUACCAUCUGCGGCUUAUCCCCUCCCCUGACAGGAUGGCACACCAAGCCGCCCCCUGGUGAUAACUCUCUUGAGGCUAACCUUGCUCGCGUUAAGUUCUUCCGGAAUGUGUUGUAUGGUCACGUGAAUUCCACCGGUGUAGAUGAGACAUCUUUCUCUUCCUUCUGGCAAGAAAUAAGCACUACUCUUCAUUCUCUGGGUUUAGAUCAAGCAGAAAUUGACAGACUAGAGGCAGAGAAGGGUGGAGAGCAAGAUUAUCUUGAUGCCUUAAUUGAGUGGGCUGAAAGUGAAGAGAACAUUAAGGCGAAGCUGAAGGAUAUCCUUAAAUUCCAGACCAAGACUGAGGAAACUAUCGCCCAAGUCCAUCAGACGCAAUUAAAAUUCAGUGAGACCCAAUGUAAAACACAGGACGUUGCAGAAGAAGUAUUGAGGAUGGAGCUCAAAGGUCAGAAAAUCCUUCAUGAUAGCAAGUCAAAGUUGGAUGAAGUGAGCCAGUUAGCAAACGCGACAAUUGAAGCACAUCAGGAAAGUAUUUUACGUUUGGAGGAAGUUUGUAAUUCCCAAUCCAAAACCAACCAAGCUGUAGACGAAAUUCGUGAAUCAAUCCAAGAAGUAAACCAAGAAGUAAAAAGCUGGACGAAAAAGAGGAGCGAGCAGGCAGAUGAGGUACUAAGAACUCUUGUGAGGUCUGAAUUCAAAGGAGACAUAGAAUUUCAUGCAAACAAAUUCCAGGAAGGAACUCGUGAGUGGAUCUUCAAAAGCAUCGAAGACUGGUUAGACGACCGGAGCUCGCCACAUCGCGUGAUGGUAAUCAUUGGCAAUCCAGGGAUGGGAAAGACUGUUAUCUCCGCUGUUGUUUCGCAAAGAAUGCAAAAAGUUGGAAGAUUGUCAGGGAGUCACUUCUGUCAGCAUAAUAAUUCACGGUACCGAGAUCCACGUUUAAUGCUCCAGUCUUUGGCCAGCCACUUGUGUCAAGCGAUGCCAAGUUACAAAGAUACUCUGGUAGAACAGUUGUCUAGAAAUCUGGGAAAAGACCUCAACGACAUGGGUGUAGAAGAGCUGUUUGCGUUGCUGUUCAAAGAGCCUCUGAGCACAGUACAAGAUCCUGGAAGAAACACCCUACUAGUCAUAGAUGGCCUCGAUGAAAGCGAGUACCAAGGACGCAAUGAGCUUCUACAUGUAAUCAGUAACCACUUUUCUAUGCUUCCAAUGUGGAUAAGAUUUUUGAUCACAACUCGUCCAGAGAGGAGCAUAACAGAGGCAUUGCGACAUUUAGAGCCAAUCGAGCUUAAACAAAAGCGUGAGGAAAACUUAAAUGACAUUCAAACCUUGUUUGAAAAUCAACUCAGCAACAAAAUUGGUGAAAAGUAUAAAGAUAUUCUCUUGAAAGAGCUGGUUAAGAAAACAGAAGGCCUGUUUAUUUACGCUUACUAUAUAGCGGAUUUUAUCCAAAAGAAUGUUUCAAUUCUCACCCUUGAUCAGCUGGAAAGCGUAUUGCCUUCAGGUAUUUCAUCCGUUUACUUGUCCUAUUUCAAACGGUUAGAGAAUGAACUUUGCAAAGAGCUUCAUGCAGAUGAGGAACAUGUUUUGCGUUUCCUGUGUGCAUUGAGCGCUGCAAGGGAGCCAUUACCAGUAGAAUUCAUGCCAGAAUUCUAA